CAUUGAGAGAUGAUCCACUUUUGACACCUAAGUGAAGCUGCACAGCGGUGUACUCACUUGACUUGUGUACUGCACCUUGGUUUAUUUUGCAUUCGAACACUUUCCAUGCACUCUGAGGGCUAAAUUAUUCUCGGGGCUUGUUACAGAGGAAGCACCUGUGCUGCACACACACACUAUGCACACACACGCCGGAGGGUUUGAACACCUCCUAACUGGAGAGUGUGCAGCAGAGGCAGAGCUGUUACCUAGAUACAGCCGAGAGACGGAGCGACCCCUGCUGGAUACUGGAGCAUCAGUCAGUCCGGGGAACAGGAGGAGGAAAAGUCCGGCAGCAGCACACCGAGGAGCGGCGGAGGUUUUGGAGGCGGAGGAUGAGAAGGAACCGCGUCCUGACGCAGACUACCGCCGCUCUGCUCGCCUCGCUUCACCGGUAAUCCUGAGCGGAGAGAGGAGUCCUUUCUGGAGAAGACCGCGGAGAGGGAAAGUCUCAGCUCAGAGAACAGAUGGGCGGGAGCUGAGAACGCAGAAGGACAAAUCGUCAGGAAGAGCACAUCCAUGGCACUUCCCGGGGUGGAGAUGACGGCUGAGACGUGGGAGAACGGCAGCCUGGCCAGCCCUUCGCCCGGCCUCCCUCUGUUUCUGCUCAUGUUCAACGACAGCGAUCUGAAUGAGACGCUGUUCAACUCCACCAACUCCACCAUCCCAGAUGUCUCCUCAGGUCCCAGCGUGGCAGGGAUCCUCAUCCCACUCAUAUACAUCAUUGUGUGUAUCAUUGGCCUGGGCGGAAACACUUUGGUGAUUCACAUUGUGCUGCACUACUCCAAGAUAGAGUCAGUGACAAACAUCUACAUCCUGAAUUUGGCCAUCGCUGACGAGCUCUUCAUGCUCGGCCUGCCCUUCCUGGCCGUUCAGAACACCCUCCAGUCAUGGCCUUUUGGCUCCUUCAUGUGCCGCCUGGUCAUGGCCGUCGACUCCAUCAACCAGUUCACCAGCAUCUUCUGCCUGACGGUGAUGAGCAUCGACCGCUAUCUCGCCGUGGUCCACCCCAUUCGGUCCUCAAAGUGGCGGCGUCCUCAGGUAGCCAAAGUGGUGAACGGCACCGUGUGGGCGCUGUCAUUUCUUGUUGUUCUGCCGGUGGUCAUCUUUGCAAACAUACAGAAGGCAGGAGGCACCUGUAACAUUGCUUGGCCUCAGCCGGCAAACAUCUGGAGCGCUGCUUUCAUCAUUUACACCUCCACCGUUGGAUUCUUCUGCCCUCUUCUCAUCAUCUGCCUCUGCUAUCUGCUCAUUGUCUUCAAGAUCCGUAGUUCGGGUAAAAAAGUCCACGCCACCUCCACCAAGCGGAGGAAGUCGGAGCGCAAAGUGACACGCAUGGUUGUGAUAGUCGUUGCGGUGUUUGUCUUCUGCUGGCUACCUUUCUACGCCCUCAACAUCAUCAACCUGCUGGUGUCCCUCCCUGAAGAGUACCAAGGCCUUUACUACUUUGUCGUGGUGCUCGGCUAUGCUAACAGCUGCGCAAACCCCAUCGUCUACGGCUUCCUGUCAGACAACUUCAAGAGGGGUUUCCGGAAAGCCCUAUGCCGCUCCACGAGGAAGGUGGAGAACCACGAACCCAUGGAGCACCAGCAGCAGCAGGACGAGGGGAGGAGGGCGCUGAUGCCCAGGGAGAGCCUGAGACGAGCCAUCAGGGACGAAGAGGAUGAGGAUGAUGAAGACGUCUCAGAAAUGACUGAGGUCUAUAGAAUCGCUCAGAACGGAAACGGCAGCUUCCAGACGAAGAGCUCGCAGCCGCUGUUUGCAGAGAAAGGAGCGACGGAGCUGUCAUCUCCAGACAAGAGGGACAACGCUGGAGACUCGAAGGGGAAAGAUUUUGCCAACGGGUCCUCGCUAACUGUCCCACUGCUGCUCAAUGGAGCCAAAAGUGGGAGCAUCAAAACUCUGCCAGAGGACAACAUGGAACAGAGCACCUCGUUGGAGAUAAGUUAUUUAUAGUGUAAAAUAUCAGUAUUAUGACAUUGGAAGGUCUGCCUCUAAUCUAAUGUUUGCAAUGCAACAAACAAAGAAAAACUCAGACAGGCCUUAACAAUGACAUUGUUGAUUAACAGACUCAUGUCCAUGAGUGUAUAAUGUGUAUAUACAGAAUGUGUAUAUAUGCAUGUAUAAAUGAAUGUAAAAAUAUGUGCCUUUAUUUAAUUUUUUGUUUAUAUUUUAAACUUCUGUAUUCCAUAAUGUGACAAUCCCUUGCUCAGGUUUGGCUGUAUUUAUGCUUGAAGUCACCUUCUAUACGUCCUCUUGUCUGAACAUGAAACAGUCAGAUACCAGCUGACACGUAAGUAAAAUUACAAUUUUCCCAACAAAUUCUUGUUUUUCUCUCAAAAAUGGUCAAAGUUUUGUUUGUUUCAGACUGUAGCGCCACCUUCUGACAACACUAGGUAGCCUAGUUCAUUCACUCUAAACAAUAAAAGAAAACAGGAAUAUUCAUAUUUUCCUUUUUUAUACUUCUUCUGACAUUUUAAAAAAAAUUUCUAAUUUGUUUGAGAACUAUAUGGAAACACAACUGUUCGUGACUUGGCUUUAUGUUUGCCUGCAACUCCAUCUCCUUGAAAUUGUGUUUAUAUACUAGUCUGACAUAUUAUGCUGUCAGGAUAAUGUUCUGUGUUUUUCCAGAGAAGUUGUGGAGAGGUGAUCGGGGUGGAUGGUGGGUGAACAGUGCAAAACUUAGGCACCAUCCUGAGUCUCAGAACAGAAACACAUUGGUUAAGAUUGGUAAAAGAUUGCAGUCUCACCUAAUAAACAUGUCAUGAGUUUUGAUAAGGAUCUUUCCCUAACCUGGAUCAAGUGCUGCCAGCAUCUAUACGUAACAAAGGUGAAUUUAGAGAGUGGGUAUUACUUAAAGGUUUAACUGUUUGUUCAGAUACACUAAACUUGCUUGGUAAUGUGUUUUACUGGAAUGCUUUAUUGACGUUUAUGAAAAGUUGCUUUGGAUGUCUGUGCUCUAAAACUGAAAUUAACACAGAGAUUCAAUUUUGAAUUUGAAUAGAAUAUAGAAUAGAGCGCAGAAUAAGCAGAGAUACUGAAGAAUAUGUCACAGUGACAAUGCUGGACACAAACCUGCAUAAAACCAGAGGCUGCUGUCAGAAGGAGAAUGACUGUUGGUGGCUGCGCUAACAUGCCAAAGUAAAACAACACAUUUUUUGAACCAUGACAAGGUUGAUCUGAACAGCUGAAUAAUUUUACAUCGAGUUAGUCUCAGUUCUUUGUAUUCUUUCAGUAUCUUAUUUUAAAGUCCAAAUGCAUGCAGUUCAAGGCACUAUGGGUACAUGGCAGUUUUAAUAUUUACAUCCACGUUUCCCUCACUUGCAUCAUUUCCCUUCAUCUUAAGUCCUUCCAAUGAAGGCGUGUGCAGGAAAAGAUUCAAGGUCGCACAUUUUUAGAAAAACCAGACGUCCUGUCGUCUGAAGCAAUGUUGCUGUGCAACGUUUCUGAUGAUGACACCACCACAACGCUUAAAUAACCUUCACUGCUCAUCUGCUGAGUACAUAUAAAUCAUUUCUACUGCCAGUGACAUGGUUCCUUUUAUUUAAUGAUUUUUUCUGCCUGCAUUCAUAUUAUGUCUGUACAUAUGUUAAUAGUUUAGGAUUGUAAUGAAAAUGAUUUUAAGCCCUAAACUGUAUAAAUAUCUCCUCCUCUGUCUGAUAUAUAAUUAUUAUGAUGACUGAUUUAUGUGAGCAGUCUGAUCAGCUACAGCACCCAAACAAGAACAGAUGAAAAUGGUCGUGUGCCCAUUGACUGCAUGUUAAAUAGUGAAUGCCUUAAAGUCUCUUCAGUCACCCCUUCUUCACUCUGAACCUGUUAGUGCUUCUUAAGUCAGGUCAAAUGUGUCAUUGUUAGCAGUAGUCUGUUGACUUAAAACUAGCAUAAAAAUCUGGCCACUACAAGAAAUGAUCUAGUCCCUACAGUAAUAAAAGAAAAGUUUUAGAUUUAAGCCGGUGUAGCUUUGUUUAGGCUGUGAAUGAUGAGAAAUUUAAGAUAAAGAUGCUUUAAGUUGGAUUAUGGCAAAUCCACUAGACAGAAAGAGAUGAAAUACCUCAUGAAAAUGGUGCUUGACAAGAUUAUUUAACUUUAACUUGGAAAAAAUAAAAGAUUGAGGGCCCUUUCACAUCUAACACAUUUGAUACAGAUUUUCUGACAUUUCAUUUUGAUCUAAAACAAAAGUACAGGUGUAAAACCUCUCCUCGACCAAACUUGUUUCUAGAAAUGUUCUGAUCAGGGGCUGUCAGUGAAAUUUUUAACUGAUUGGUACUGGACUUAACCUCAGCCUUACUCCUUGGUCAUGUUGGUUUCAUUGGUUCACAUUUUUCACUUUCUGCACACUCACUAAAUUUACUCUAACACUCACUAAGGUUCCUGUUCAGAGAGAAAUCUUUGGAUUUAUUGGGUUUCUUGCAUGGUUUUGUAGAAUCAAAAGGGUUAGGGUUACUUACUUUUUAAGCUUUUUAAUAAGUCAGGCGAAUUUGAAAGGAUCUUAAUCUUAUAACCUAAUAUUUAAACCUGUUUGUAAAUUAAUCAUAUUUCUCUAUUGGAAAGAAGAUCUGUUGUUUUAAAUGUGUCAUAUAAAUAACGGUGGCUUCACUUUUUUAGCAUCUUUUUUAAUAUAUUGUCUGUCUGCUGCAUUUCUAUGACUCAGACUGAUUAUAUUGAGAUUUUAAAAUAUUGUUUCCAUGAAAACUUGUUGUUUUGUUGCAGCAGAACUUCUCAAAGACAAGAUUGUGUGACUUCACAUUUUCUCACUAAAUAUAUGCAGAUAUUGUAGGUGUAUUAACUGAUGUGAGUGUUCUUUAAAUGUGAUCUAUGUUGCAGCUAAAAUUGUGACCUUUGUGAAGGAGUUGAUUUGUCGCUGUAGUUGGGGGGGGGGAGCUCUGUAACACUGAAUGUGAUAACGCUGGGAGUUGCCGUGCUCUUGAUGACAUUGGAUGAUAAACUGGCUCAUGCCGCCUGAUGUUUGCUGUUUAGGAUGGAUCCAGAAAGACACGUGGAAAGGCAACGAUGUUGUUUCGAACAUUUCUUUUUUAAGGUUUGCGAAAACAAAACAGAUUUUUUUUAAGCAAAAUACAAUAGCUGAUUUGAAAGAUUUGCCUGUUACAUCCUCUGUGACCUGUAAGUUAAUCAUUUACUGUUUCGUUAUCAGCUUGUAUGUGGGGUACUGCACACAGGCGCUCAACUGUUUCAGGAAUGUAAGUUAUCGUGUAAAACAAACUGUAAAUUACACACAGUUCAAGUCACACUGUCGUUGUGCUUUUGUGCAGAUGACGGAUGAGACUAAUAUUGUUACAGACAGAAGUUCUCUUUCUUUAUUAUACAUAAUCAUUGUCUAUAUGCAAUAAACAUGUUUGAAUGUUGGAAAAAAAAAACCACAAAAAAGUACCUAUGUCACACACUGGUCAGACACAACAUUAAAACUGCUGAAAGGUGAA